CUUGGACGCGUUCUCAUAGUUGAGGACGUGGUGAACAUCAAGUAUGAGUUACAUGGACUGCUCCAACUUCCCCGUCAGAUGGACAACGUCAACGCGCAAUUACAAUCAGCAUUGGACAUCCUACAGAGUCUCAGUUCAGCUACUAACAUAUCGACGAUGGCUUCACAAACUAUUGAACUUCUACACUUUCGUCUCUUGAACCUUCGCAAGCUUCUCGUUGCUGUUGGAAAAAGCAUACCAGCGUCUUAGGCUGAUCUUGCAAAAGAAGUGCGUUCUCAGACACGACGAAAAAGGGGUUUAUUUAAUUUUGUGAGUCUUAUCCAAAGCACUCUGUUUGGCACGGCAUUGUCUAUCAAGCUGUAUCUCAGCAGAAUCGCGUUAUCUCUCAAACAUUUCAUGCGAUUACUGCUUUAUUAGUCAAAAGUUAAUGCGAUAAUAUUGGAGUCUAACCAUGUAUCGAGGGUUGUUAAUAAGUUACAGAAAUCAAUCCCGACGCUAGAGUGGCUCCUUUAUUUCACAGAAUAUUUGCAUGCUGCGGAAAUUUCAGUUCAGAAGGUUGUUACCUGUAAUACCGAACUAAUUGACAGCAUAGUAGAUGCAGGGAUAGGGCGUGUGGAUGCAAAGCUUGUGCCUAUGCAGAUGCUUCUUGAUGCUUUAGAGAUUGCCAAGUUGCAGUGUCACUUAACUCCUAUUUUUAAUGAUAGUAAGGUAGAAUAUUAUUACCCUCUGUUGGAGUCGACUCUCACGCACAGUGCUAUUCUCAUCCACAUCCCUAUGCGAGCGUAACAUCAGUUUAAUGCAUGGCAUUUAGAACCUUUCCCCUGGUUUGUUAACGACACUGUAUACUCUGGAUAGGCCGAAAGAACUUUUCCUUAUAGAUGAAGAUUAUUCUUUAUUGGCAUUAGAGGAUCCUGAGGUACUGUCACGGUGUAAGUCGUCAUAUCUACACCUACACGUAUGUCCAGCCUAUA